AUGUUGGUGCAAGCGAAAAACGCCGUCAGCAAGCUCUUCCAGCCAGACCAGUCAGACGAAGAUUUGGCCAGAGCUGAAAGACUCUUGGAGAACAACCAGUCGCCUUACGGCGCCACACAGUCGUCAGACAGAGCACAAGAAGUGGCCAAUGAGGAGGCAAUCGGCAAUGCCGUGAAGAACCAUAACCACCUGGACGACGAUGGAGAGCAGCAAAGCGGGCUUUUUUCCAGCUUUGACCCCAGAGUGAUGAGUGAUAUCAUUAUUGGUCUUUCGGAUGGAUUGACCGUGCCAUUUGCGUUGACUGCGGGGCUUUCAUCGUUGGGUUCGUCUAAGAUUGUUAUUACUGGUGGUAUGGCCGAAUUGGUGUCGGGAGCCAUUUCUAUGGGUCUUGGUGGGUACUUGGCAGCCAAGUCGGAAGGCGACUACUAUAAGUCUGAGGUGAAGAAGGAGAAGCUUGAGUUUUUCAAGAAACCCGAGCUUAUCAACCAGGAUGCCGCUGAAAUCAUGUUGGAGUUGGGCGCAUCUGAAACCACCAUCGCAUCGUUCUUGAAGGACUUGGAUCAGAGUCCCAAGAACCUCAUUGACUUUGUCAUUCGCUUUGGCAAGGGCUUGGAAGCUCCUGCGGAGGGCCGUGAAUUCACUUCUGCUUUGACCAUUGGUUCGGGCUACUUUUUCGGUGGCUUUGUGCCUUUGAUCCCUUACUUCUUCACCAACGUGGUGAAGACUGGUCUCAUUAUAUCUGUCAUUGUCAUGCUCAUCACCUUGUUCAUAUUCGGUUACGUUAAAACCAUUGUCUCCUUGGGUGAGGACUGCGGUUACCGCAGGAAGAUCCUUGAAGGUCUCCAAAUGGUGGCCAUUGGCUCUGUGGCUGCUGGCGCCGCCUGGACCUUGGUUUACUUCAUUGACAACUAA